GGAUGACAGCAGAACGGUCUACAUAAAUCACAGUCAACAAGCGUGGAAGACUCAUAAGCGUGGAAGACUCAUAUCAGGCUGAAGGAUGAUCGUAUGUCACGCUACCGAUUUUUCCAAUUUUUCAUAGAUUUCCUAUGGUUUGGCUUGUCUUUCGACAAAUUCUUACGAUUCUUCUAGCGAACCGCGGGUUCACUCCAGGCCAAUAGAAAUCCCGUUGGACUGGCAUUUUGACGAAGUGAAGGAGAACCCGUGGGUGGAAUUUGAUGCUGAGCUCAUCAAUCUUCGCCUCACCACCUUAUCUUUCGCGCUCUCAUCAUGGGUCUCUUUGAAGGUUCCAGCCUCAUCUGGCUGGGUCUCAUCGGAGCUUUAAUCACCUACCGACUCUUCAACGUACCAAGACUCAAGCGGGACGGAGUUCCACUCAAGACGCCCCCAAAUACACUGCCGCUCGUGGGAAACGGCAUCCUCUUUCUUCAAGCCAGACAGAAGCUCUUUUCUUGGUUCGCCAAGUGUGAGCGCCAGUUCGGCUACGAGACCUUCCAGAUAUCCGUUCCGACGUUGCCACCGGGCGUUGUCAUCAAUGACCCCCAAAAUCUCGAGUACGUCUUCAAGAAUGAAGGAACCUUCGUCAAGGGGGAUUUCUUUACGAGGAACUCUUGGGAUCUGUUUGGCAAUGGUAUCAUCACGGUAGAUGGAGAGCUUUGGAAGGUUCAGAGGAAAGCUGGGCUGAGUUUCCUGAGUGUGGCCAACUUGCGCGUGUUGACUGAUGUAGCACUGCCCAAGUAUCUGGGCCAGAGUGUGGAGCACUUGAAGAGGAAGUCGGCCUGCGGCGUUGUAGUCGACCUGCAGACUGUAUUUCACGAAAUCACAAGCCAGUUGAUGGGCAAGAUGGCGUAUAAUAUGGAGAUGCAUGCCGAUGACGAAUUCACCAUGGCCUUCGACCAUACCUCGGGGGUUACGGCCGAGAGAUUUCAAAAUCCGUUUUGGUUCGUGACAGAGAUAUUCACUGGGGGUCCAUUUCGGAGGUCGCUGAGUAUCGUCAGGUCAUUUGGGCAGAAGAUAGUGCAAAGCGCCUCAGAAGAUAGUCACCACACGAAGACAUCUCACGAAAGCAAGUUGGACGAGGUAUCCGGAACCUUAAUCCAAUCAUUGAUGAGCUCUCUUGGCGACGAGAAGAUGGUGGCCGAGGCUGCAUUGAACUAUCUGUCCGCUGGGAGAGACACGGUAGCCCAAGCGCUAACCUGGACCAUGAUGCUCCUCAUGCACAACCGAUUUGCCACAUGCAAGGUCCGAAGAGAAGUGCAAGAGCUUGUGGAAAUCAUUCAUGUAUCGGCUGACCAUAACGGAGAAGAGGAUGGCCCAUUCAACACAGCAGCAUUCACCCCAGCGUCUCUCCCCUACACCAUGGCCGUAUUCUACGAGUCACUGAGACUGUACCCGCCGAUCCCGUUCGAGAUCAAGCAAUGCGCAAAGGCGACCACCUUUCCCGACGGUACUUUUCUGCCAGCCGACUCUAUUGUUGUGUGGUGUCCAUGGGCUAUGAAUCGGUCGAGGGUAACAUGGGGUGACGAUGCCGACAUAUUUCGGCCAGAGCGGUGGCUUUUGGACGGAAAAUUCGUCACCAAAAGCGCAUCUGAGUUUCCGGUUUUCAAUGGAGGCGCAAGGAGCUGUCUGGGCAAGCGGAUGGCCGAGUUGAUGGCUGUCCAAGUUCUUGCGACAAUGGUGCUCGGGUUCGACUUUAUGCCGGCCUAUGGAACGCAGCGGGUUAGUAAGAGUAGUCUGACACUGCCGAUGGAAGGGGGUCUGCCGUGUUAUGUCAGGGCUCGAAAUGAUGUUGGAGAUUGAGGGUGUAGACAUGAAUAUAUAAUGAAC